UCCUUACUUUUAUCAAGGAUUAAUUACUUUGUUCAUGCUGUUAUGGGGAAAAGAAAGCGAUGUAUUAAGGAAACCACAAGUCCCAACAAUCAAACUGAUCCCCCUCCUCCUCCUCCUCCUCCUCCUUCUUCCGACAACAUGCCAUGCUCUUCAGAUUUGGAAUCAUUAUGCAAAGAGAAAUCCUCAAAGUCCGUUGACUGUACUGAAUCUAACAUUCUCUCACCAGGCAUUGAUAUCCCAGAUAAUACUGCAAAGCUGUUGAAUGUCCAUUCUUCUCUUCCACACCACCAUUAUAAUCUUGGCCGUUCUAUGUUCUUAAAGCGGUCACGUCAUUACUAUGGCCAUCAAUACUCUCGGCGAAACUCAGGAAACAAUGUUAAUGCAUCAAGUUCUCAUGCCAAGAUGAUUCCAUCACGCGAUGAGAGAUUCUCUUUCAAGUUCUCUGGUCAAUGUACCUCUGAGUACGGACGAAUUGCAGAGUAUAGGGAAAAGGCAUUUGGCAGACCAGAGCGAAUCAGGUCUACUUCCUUGUUAAUUGAUGCAGGGCCAUCUGAUGUGGGGAAGAAGGUUUGUGGGGUAUGUCAGAAGCUCCUGAGACGAAAACCUUAUUUUCUGGGGGAUGCACUGUCAAGUGGUGAAUACUCUGUCGUGGCAAUUUUAGUUUGCGGACAUGUUUAUCAUGCAGACUGCCUGGAAGAGAGAACUUGUCUUGAAGAUAGGCGUGACCCACCUUGCCCAUCGUGUUUAGGUUUGCCUUCCCAGAUUGAUGCUACAGGAAGGGACUAGAUGUACAGAUGUUGACUCUGCCGCUAUGAUACUGAUUGUGUAGAAAAUAGACAGGAGACAUUCAUAGAUGGGGAACUUCGGUGGAAAUGGAGUAGACAGUUGAGUGUAGCCUAUACUGACUGCUUUAUAGGUUAGUGUUUGUCUUGCAUGUGGGUAAAGAGUGACAGGCCAGAAAAUUGUUCUGUAUUUAUUUUUUUAAACAUUUCGUGGGCGGAUCAGAGGAAGCAUUAAUACAUAUUUCGCUGACGAAUCAAGCGACUAUUUGAUUUCUGUUUCAUGUAAUGUACUAUGCUUCCAUUCAAGAGGGUGGUAAUGCUUUAGAUUUUAGCCACGCAGGUAACAUAUUUGGCCUCAUUUUGGAUAUGUUUGGAUGGGGAAAAUAUAGGGGAAAGGAGGGAAUCUCCCCUUGUUUGCUGAUUUGCUUAGGUCCAAGGGAAAA